AUGCCUCCGAAACGUGCAAAAUGGAAAGCGGUAGAAGCAGCGGCUGGUAAGUCCGCUUCGAGGAAGCGAGGCCGCAGUAUGACUGCCGCCGCCAACGCACCUACUGCCGAGGAACAUAUCGUUGAGGAGGCGCAGGCUUCCUCAUCGCCCCCUUCUCAGUCCAGCUCCAAUUCAAACUCGGUUGUGUCGAUUCCCCCGCCACCUGCACUCAUCGACGUCGAUGCCGCACCAUGUGAAGUACCUGUGGAGAGAAAGCUGCGACGAGCCACGCGUCAAACGACGCUGACGGGAGCGAUACUCAACACAGCACCAGUGCCCUCUCGAGUCUCGACAAAGAAGUCGCGCUCUCGAGACGGCGCGGAUGGACAGAAGAGAGGCGCAGUUGGUGGCGAGUUGAAGCCCGUUCCCGGCUCAGCACGGAUAUCCCUGAAGGGAGCCACUCCGUCGCUGCCAUUGGAGGGGCCCGCUUCAGCAGCACUUCUAGAGGAAGCGCUGCUGACACACCUGCGUUCUGCGCUGGCUCGCAACUACAUGCUGAUGACGGGACGUACCAUUGAACUGGCUGCACAACCGCAUACAAGCAACAUGAUGGGUGUCUUGGAUGCCUUGGCCAAGACAACGGAGGUCGAAGAGACAGCGGCACCUGCCGACGACAACGCCGAUGAGCCAGACAACGACGCCACUAGCGCUAAAUCGUUAGCGCUGGAGGCAAGCGGUGUCAACGAUGUAGCCAUGCGGGCUGUGCUUCCAUGUGUUCAAUACUUCAUACUUAGCGAGUGUGCCCGCGUUGCCCGCGUGGUGCGCAGGGAAGGAGGCAAAGGGUACGGCGACGACCCGGCGACCCGAGCAGCUGAGCUGCUCGGCUUUCUUCUCUCCAUGCUGGACAAGCAUGACACGUUCUCCACCCUCCUUGCCUUAGCAUGCCCAUCCUGCCGCGUCGCAGGGGUGAGCUACUCGGCCUUCUCAUGCUUGACGCAGUAUAUGGUGUUGUCGCAGCGCGCAAGCGCGGAAGAGAUACCCCUGAUGGACCAGAAAAGCCUGAUUGAGCGUCUGGGACUCCUCGAUGGGUGUCGCAGCGCAACGGGUCGCCCGUUGGAUGUGGUCGAGUGUUGUCCCUUUGGCGUGGCGCACGUCCACCUCUACCUCCUGAUCCGCACCAGCCCGGGAGAGCGGGUCAACUCGCGUCUCGCAAAACUUCGGUGGCAGCACAAACCGUUUGAGCUGCUCUCCUUCCCUUCCCUCGCCAAGGCAGCAAAGGCGUUCGACACGGCCAUGGACCGAUAUAUGGCGGAUCGCACACGCGAUUUGAUACGGCACCAGCGCAUUGCCCCAAACUCAGCCGGCGGCUGGGCACCGUUGACAGGUAAACAGGCAAAGUCACCGCAGUUCACUGCAGCACAACGUGCACUUCUAAAGCCCAAGGCUGGUUGUCUGACGUGGGCGGAAGAGCUUCUCCGCGCGAUCCUUCCAGAGACCGCCACACAACCGUGGCACCGUAAUUCGGAAGACCUUCAGUCACGCAUUCGGCGCUUCUACGCGUACACGUGCGCGGAUGUCAAUCACGGCGGCUAUUUCUCCGCAACACUGGAGCCAGCGUCUGCUCUGUGGUUCUCUCCGUCCAGCAUGGGGUCGUUCAUGAGCACGACCAGCUUGGUACAGGCAAGGCUGCUGUUUUCUCAGAUGAAGGUGUGUCAACAUGUGGCCGAGGCAGUGCAGCACGGUGGCCGCUGCUCCUGCCACAGCCACCACAACGCCGCUGCUGCAGCAGUACUGUUUGUGGAGGCGCACGGCCCGUACAUGGCGGCGCUGCGCCACUGCUGUGAUGAGUCGUACCUCCUCGUGGGCAAUGAUACGGUGAAUCUGAGUAGAACAACCGACGCUGCGGUCGACGUAGAUGCGGUCGAAGAGAAGGCAACAACGCCUGGGGCGGCCGCCGCGGGUGGCUGUCAAGAAGCCGCAUCCUUCUACGCUGCAGGCUCCUUUGCCAGAUUCCAGGCAACGCUGGGGGUGACAGGGUCGAUGAACGCAGCGCAGAUAGUGGACUGCGUGGCGCGAGUGGCGACAGAGUCAGCAGAGGCUCUGCCAGUUUCGCAGGUGCCUCGACAGUACAUUCAAGCGGAGCUGAAGCGGCAUCAGCUGGAGAGUGUGCAAUGGAUGUGGAACAAGGAGUGUGGAGGUUAUCGCGAGCACGUGUCAGUCCCGCUCUACCACAUCGACACUGGCGCUGUACCGGCAGCACGCCACGUCGGCGUCAUGUACUACUGCGCAGCAACAAACGAGACCAUCGUUGCACGCAGCAGUGGCAAUUCUGUGGCAGCAGGACGGGAGGCGGAGGCAGAUGUAGAUGCGUGGAAUGUGGCGGGCGGGCGUGUCCGCGGCGGCUUGCUAUGCGAUGACGUAGGACUCGGCAAGACGCUGUCGAUACUAACGCUGUGCGCUUACGAUAGGGCGAUGCGCGAGGCCGGCAACAGCGACACAAAAGAGGCUAAGGCCUUGGGGAGUGAGAUGGCAUCAGUCGCGCGAAGGUUUUGGCAGGUGUCAGUGAAGCCAGCAGCGAUGCGCCACUGCAUCCUGGGGUUCAGUCCAGAGGUGCUCCACUGGGCAUUUGGCAACUUCCGCUCCGGGAUCGUGCCCCACCCAACUAUGCCGACGCGACUACCGCACACAACACUCGUUGUGGUGCCGCUGUCAAUCGCGACACAGUGGAUCGGGGAGAUUCACAAGUUCUACCCAACCGCGUCCUACAUUCUCUUCUACGGCGCCAAGCGGGCGCAAUACACGGCAGACGACAUGCAGCGCGCCGACUUUGUCAUCACAACAUACGAGACACUGUCGACGCAUCUGCGCCAGGAGGCGAGCGGGCUGGAGUUUUGGAUGACACGCGCGGCCGAUGAAACCGAUGAUGCCGUGUGUGCGAAGGCUGCAUCGCAUGGCUGGUCAAACUUGAUGCCGUCGGAGCUCCUUGCAGCCGUGCAGCAGUACGCCAGCGACGUGGUGUGGCCAGCAGCAAGCGGUAUGAGGGAAGCUGACGGUACCGGCAUAAGACUGGAGAUGAUGCAGAGUAGCGACUGCGCAACGGUGCCACCAUUGCAACUUGGCCAGGGCGAGACCCGUAGCAGCCGCAGGGUCAGUGGCCAUGACCGCGCUCAACGAGGUGGCGGGGCGAAGCUACAGCUACCCUCCCCCGCAGCCGCCAUCACCACCACCGCCGUUUCGGGUACGUGGACGCUUGAGUUUGACGCUGUCCAUGGUAUGCCGGCGUUUCGUUGCCCCGCCUUCUCCCUCUCCGUAUCUUUUGACGAUUCAGUGGUGGACACGGCCUUGAGGUCCGUCUAUCGCCACACGUGUCUGCCAGACACCGGUGCCGUCAGCGACGCGUUUCUCGACCACACGUGGGAGCUGCUCAAGGGCUACAGUGCGGCAACAGCUGCGGCGCCCGCGACGCAGGUCGAAAUCACGCAGUGCCGACUCUUCGAUGGUCAAGGCACACAUUGCGCUACGUCAGCCUUCCUGGCGCUCCUGUUCCACGCUGCAGAGAUGUACACGCUCCCCGACCCCACACGCCGCGAGCUGGUGCGCCACGUGCUGCUUCCACCGCUGUGGAGGGUACUGGUGGGGUACUGGGCCAACAUGAAAGCACACUACGCCGAUGUGGCCGUGGCCGAGGCGACGGGGCGUCCCGCGCUGCGCAUCACCGACCUGCUCUUCCGCCGUGUUGUGCUGGACGAGUCACAGAAGUGUGGCGCCGCGAGUCUAUUCCACCUGCUGAGUGGCGAACGCUGCUGGGCCGUGACAGGCACCCCGAUCAACAACAACAAGACGGAGUCGCUAGGGCUUGCGUUGCGCUUUCUCGGGCUGCACAGCGCGGCGCGGCUGCUCAGUCGACCCCCACUCCGCCACGUAUACUUGGCCCAUGCCUAUCUAAACACCCACAACGUGUCGGCGUACUACACAGCUGGCCACUUUCUAAGCCACUCAGUGAAUCGGGGCCUGCGCUCCCUGUGGGUGCGUCGCCACUCCGAUGCCCUGCCGGGGUCGGUGGAGGACGAAGUUGCAUUUUGUGUGUGCGCCCAGUGCCUGCAGCGCGACCUCUACGGUACCUCCGAGGCAAGUCUAGCGAACAUCCCCUCUGAAUACCGGCUAUGGUCGCCUCCGCGCGACCUCCAAGUUGGCUUGCCGUGCCUGCCAAGCAGUCUUUUCGAAGUCCUUGCCCUCACCAUGGUGCGGCAUGAGCGCAAUCAAGAUGUGCGCCGCGAACUUCAGCUGACCCCUGCGCACUAUCAAGUUCAUUAUGCAGCUCUGACCGUGGACGAGAUGCACCUGUACGACCGCGUUGCGCUCGUUAUUAUGAGCGUUGCGACGCGCCUGCAUCGCCAGGGUGUCCUGUCAUCACGCAUGGGAUACGCCAUGCAGUGGGUGCAGGAGCUGUGUCGGCUAUGCCUGCACCCAUCACGAGUGGGCAACGACGAAUUACUACGUGGAGACAUUGAGGCGCACGUGUUGCGAGGCGUCCGGCUCAUGAGCGACGAUCGCGUCUGUGGCAUCAAUAUUACUGAGGUGUUGGCGGACUCCUUUGUUGCGGCAACGCCGCAGGAGGCGUUGGAAUGGGUCACGUCGAUGGCAGCAGCGCGCAAGCCCGGUCUCCUCAGAAACUCAAGUAUCCCAGAGGAAACGGCGACAACGCUGGCGGAGAUCGCGCAGGUGCCGCCGCUGCUACCGCAGUGCGGCAUUUGCAUGGACAACAUGGCAGCGCCGACCCUGCUGAAGUGCCUUCACAUGUUUUGCAAGGAGUGUGUACUUGGCGUGAUUGACGCGAGCCGCAGUGUGAUGGGCAACGUGAACGCGAAGUGCCCCUACUGCCGCGAUCGGAAGUCGAUGAUGGAGGAAAAACGUGUCGUGAUGGUUGACACAACAGUACCAAUGAAAGUGGUGGCGGAGACGAGACACAAUGACAAAAGCAGCACAACGGCAGCGGCGCACUCAGGCGACGAGGACGUGAACGUGGUGCUGGCGCGCAUCGGCGACGGCAGCCGUGUGCGCGCUUUUUUGGAAGUGGUGGAGGAGAUCUGGCGCACGCAGCCGGAUGAUGGUGUGCUGGUGUUCUCCAAGUACCCCGCGUUUCUGCAACUGGCGUACGAUGCGGUGGCAGCGCGGGGCUACGCGCCGCACAUGGUGUGCGGCGCCUCGUCACUGGCACAGCGGCAGCGGGCGAUGCGUGCGAUGCAGUCAAGCAGUGGUGACUCGGCACUGUCGCAGCGUCGUAUUUUGUUUGUCACGUCGCGCAGCGCAAACGCCGGCCUCAACUUGACCUUCGCUAACCAUGUCGUCUUCCUUGAGCCCAACCUCAAUCCCGCCAUAGAACAUCAGGCUGUCGGACGCGUACACCGCUUUGGUCAGCUAAAGCAAGUCAUUGUGCACCACAUCUUUGCACCUCACACCAUCGAGGAGGUCAUCUACCGACGGUCUGUUCGGCUGCGCGAACAAGCGGCGCAGGGGCAGCAAAGCCCAACCUCAGCAACGCCUGGCACGGGCACAAGGGAUUCUGAUGCGCUGCAGAGGCGAACGCAGUUCGGCCGCAUUGCACCAGCAGAGGUAUUGCUACUGCUCGAGUAUCCUGUGUCUCCGCAGACUGCGUAG